UCCCAGACAGAGCAACAACAUGGGUAUCCAGGGUUUGACCAGCUUUAUAGAUGAUAAUGGAACGUUUUUAAAUGAUGAUCACUUCAGAAACAGCAAGCUGGUCAUAGAUGGUAGUAAUCUCUACCACUCGCUUUAUUUUAACUCAUGUUUGGAUCAGAAGCAUGGAGGGGAUUAUGAUGCUUUUGAGGACCAGGUCUGUGAGUUCUUCAAGGUUCUGAGAGAUUGCGACAUUGACCCUUAUGUGAUUAUAGAUGGAGGCUCCGACCACACCGACAACAAGUUUAAAACUCUCCACCAACGAGCUCAAUCAAAGAUCAACACAGCCGACGACUUGUCCAUGGGGCUUCAGGGGGGCAGUAUAGUACCAACCCUCGUCAAACAUGUCUUCAAACAGGUCCUCUCCAGCCUGAAGGUGUCGUUCGCACAGUGCAUCUGUGAGGCAGACCAAGAAAUAGUCUCCCUGGCUCAAAGGUGGACCUGUCCAGUUCUGUCCAAUGACAGUGACUUUUAUAUUUUUGACAUCCAGGCAGGAUAUCUGCCCAUGUCCCAUUUUCAGUGGCAGAAAACAUCUGUGCAACGUGGGAGUUCUCAAAGAUCCAUUCCCUGCAAGCUCUACACCACAACAAGCUUCUGCAGCCAAGUCAACAUCAACAGACAGCUUCUCCCAGUCUUUGCUGUCAUCGCAGGAAACGACUAUGUCAACUUGCGUAACAUGGGCGUGUCCAUUAGGUGGGAAGAUUACUCGUCGAUGAAACCCAAUCGGAAGCCAAGGUUUGCCUUCUUCGACAGAUUGCUGAAUUGGCUGGCCCGCUUUCAGGGGCAGCAGGAGGCCUUGAACUCUGUGCCCAGGCUCAUCGGUCAUGGGAACAACAGACACAAGAUGGCUGCUGCCCUCCAGGCCCUCUCUCUGGGCAUAGUAGAGUACCAGCUUCCACCCGAUUACCUGGAGAGGUUCUUCAACGAUGACGUGGCGCCUGACCCCGACCAUCUCCCAGAACCUCUGAGGGUCCUUCCAGACUGGACCCUGCUGCCGUUGACCAAGGGGAGACUUCCCACCCGCAUGGUGGACGUGCUGCAGCUGAGGAAAGUGAUACAGGGUGUCCAAGUGGAAGAUCUCCACUUGCCCAGUGGGAACACCACCUCUCGGCCCAUACGGCAGGUACUCUACGGGCUGCUGCUGGGUGAGAGGAGGGAAGUGGAGGAGUAUGACAGGGAAGGCAAGAACCUGACCAGCAGCAAGGUUGAAGCCUUCCUGCCCAGUGCUGCACAACAGCUGCAGCUAGCCACACUGGAUCAGGCUCCACAGUCAGUGCGGCAUAAGGUGUUUUUGGAGACCCUUGGUGUGUCCCAGUCCACUUUGAAUGGUCUCCCACCUCAUCUGGAACUUCCUGUGGCUGUUACGUGCUACUGGCUGAGGCACGCCCAUCCCCGACCAGACCUUCCUCUCCUGCAGGCCCUGCUACUAGGACUGGUGUAUGGAGAGCUCUGCAGACAGAGGAAGAGCCAGAGAGAUGAGGGACCAGUGUUGGAGAGGCUGGUAGGGCUGAUUCAGAGAGGUGCUAGGGGUCUAGACCUGGGUGUAGCCCACGCCUACAGCCAAUGGCAGUGCUGCAUGAGGGAGGGCCUUGACCUGAACCAACUGCUGUGCCUCCCUCUAACUGAGCCUCAGUGUGCUUGUUGUACAGUGCCAUGCUGGGCGCCACACGCAGCUCCCAGGAAACGGAGGCCACUGGACAACCUGACGGACCCUAGGCAGAUUCUGGCGCUGGAGAAAGAAGAUUAUGAUGAUGAUGAUGAUGAUGAUGAUGAUGGUGCUGGAGGAGGUUAUGGAGGCUCCGACUCUACCGACAGAAAGUUUGACACUCUCCAAAAACGAGCUCAAUCAACGAUCAAGAAAGCCAAAGCCUUGGCUGAAUCACAGAAUCAGAUGAGCGGUGUACUACCAACCCUCGUCAAAUAUGUCUUCAAACAAGUCCUCUCCAGCCUGAAAGUGCCGUUCACACAGUGCCUCUGUGAGGCAGACCAAUGUAUAGCCUCCCUGGCUCAAAAGUGGAAAUGUCCAGUGCUGUCAGAUGACAGCGACUUUUAUAUCUUUGACAUCCAGGCAGGAUGUCUGCCCAUGUCUGGUUUUAAGUGGCAGUAUCCAUUUGUGAGCGCUCAAAAACGUAUCCGCUGCCAGCUCUAUACCACAGAAAGAUUCUCCGAAAAAUGUAAGAUCAACAAACAGCUUCUCCCAGUCUUCGCUGUUAUGGCAGGAAACGACAAUGUCAACUUACAUAUCUGGUGGGGAGACAAUGAAGACAAGCCGCAGAUUGUGAACAAACAAGUAAAACAAGCUGCCGACAGGUUUCCCACCUUCAAACGCUUGCUGAAAUGGCUGGCCAGCUUCAAUGAGCUGCGGGAGGCCUUGGACAGUGUGCCCAGUCUUAUCACACACCCAAUUUCUGAUGCCCUCUCUAAGGGCAUAGAAGAGUACCAGAUUCCACCAACUCUACCCAGUUACCUGGAGGAGUUCUUCAACAAUGGCGUGGCGCCUAGCCGCAAGUGUCUCCCAAAUCAUCUGAGUGUCCUGCCAGAUUGGACCGUGCUGCUGUUGAUGAAGGGUAGGCUUUCCUCCUGCAUUGUGAACGUGCUGCUGCAUAAAAGGAUGAUACAUCGUGUCCAAGUGGAAGAUUUCGGCCGUCCCAGUGGGUACACCACCUCUCUGUACAUACGGCAGGUUCUCUACGGGCUGCUGCUGGUUGAGAGGCCUUCAGUGAAGGAGGAUGACAGCAAAGGCCAGAAGAGGGCGCACCCGAGCAGUCAGAGCCCCCCAGAGGUUUACGUGGAGGAGUAUGACCGGGAAGACACAGAACUGGUCAGAAACGAGGUUAAAGCCAUCUUGCCCAGUGGUGUACAACAGCUGCAGCUAGCCACACUGGAUCAGGCUCCAGAGUCAGUGCGGCUUGAGGUGUUUUUGGAGACCCUUUGUGUGUCCCAGUCCACUUUGAAUGGUCUCCCACCUCAUCUGGAACUUCCUGUGGCUGUUACCUGCUACUGGCUGAGGCGCGCCCGUCCCCGACCAGACCGUCCUCUCCUGCAGGCCCUGCUACUAGGACUGGUGUAUGGCCAGAACCAGAGCGGGUUUAUAGAGGAGGGGCCAGUGUUGGAGAGGCUGAGAAGGCUGAAGCCUGAUUCAGGAGCUGAUUUAGACCUGGGUGUGGCCCACGCCUACAGCCAAUGGCAGUGCUGCAUGAGGGAUGGCCUUGACCUGAACCAACUGCUGUGCUUCCCUCUACCUGAGCCUCAGUGUGCUUGGCUGUACAGGGGCACUCUGGUGCACCAGCUUGUGGCCGAACUGAGACAGGGGAUGAACCCGGAUUCUCUCCUGAUGGAAGACCCUCCCUCUGAGCAGCUGUACAGAGCCAUGCUGGGCGCCACACGCAGCUCCCAGGAAACGGAGGCCACUGGACAACCUGAUUCUGGCGCUGGAGAAAGAAGAUGAUGAUGAUGAUGAUGAUGAUGAUGGUGCUGGAGGAGGUUGUGCUGAAGUCCCAAUGUCCCACUGCAAGAGGAAGGAAAGGUUCAA